UAUCCAACCUGUCCAAUGAGGAACACUAAUUUCCACUCCUCUUUGUAAAAAAAGUUUUAAAAUGUUUUUCUGUUAUGUGUCCUAAUGAACACAACCCUGCUGGGCGUGCAACUCUUCUUUAGGCACAGUCGGGCCAAGAUGUCUUUUGUAAACACAGGACCAGGAAAAAUGGCGUCACAGAGAAAACACAGGUUGAAUGUUCCCCAACCCCUGGCUCCAGCAGCCUUCCUCUGUGUCCUCGUCCUAACUGUGACAGCCAUGGACAGUCAUAUUCCUAGUACCAGUCUGCGGUGUAACUUCUGUCCUCUACAGCACAAAGGAAGGUCCUGCAGUAACGAUUCCACCACCGAGUGUCUCCCGCAAGAGCGCUGUGGUACUAGUAGUGGGCGUUUCGGUCCCAUUCACAUCCUGUCUGCACAGGGCUGCUUGACCCCUGACCUCUGUAACUCCACCCAUGCCGUGACCUACCGAGGGGUCAGCUAUAACGUGACAUACAGGUGUUGCUGUCGUGACCAGUGUAACCAGCCUCCAGCCUCUGAUACCUACAUUAAGAGGCUGUUAGGAGUGACUUUGGGGCACGGUGAGAAGCCUCCUACCGCGACGGACCCUCUGGAUAGAUGCCCUGGAGAUGAUGACGUUGCGGAGGAUGACACCGUCACUCGGCUACAUGGAGAAAACAACAUGAAUUCCAUCUAUAAAGUCCUCUCAGAUCUCCAGGAGUGGCUAAAGAGUAGAAGCUAGGGGUCCGCCUGGAAUUCAGCCCUACUUGUUGCUGGGGGCAGGCCUGUUAGCCACAGUCACUGUCCCCACCCUCAUGCAAGGGAUGACACUUUAUCAAAUACAUUUUAUUUCCGGUGUAAAUGUGCUUAUUUAUUCAAUUAUUUGUAAUAACUUAUGUAAUGUGUAAUCUAUAUUUUAGUGAUGUUGCUAUAUUGACACAUGGUAAAAGAUGCAGUUCUCAGUGUGGUAGCUGGUGAAUG